CAACACUUUUCACACCCACACACACACAAAAACCUCAGACGCAUUUUGACCUUUGACUGUUUACCGUUCAUUCCCUCAUCCGAGUUGCUCUCCCUCCUUUCUCCCGCCCCCCCUCGUCUCCCCCUUCUGUUAACUCCUUGUUAUUCUACAAAUGCGGCCAACGAUCGGCGGCCUUGCGCGUGGGACGAGCGUCGACUCCUCCUCCGACGACAGCAACUCUGAUCAGAGCAGCGGCAACGACUGGCCGCCCCACACGAGCGAUGCAGCCGACACCGACACCGACACCGACGCCGACCUCGACUCGGACUCCCCGGACGAAAGUUUCUCAGAUUGCGACAGCGAUUCCAGUGCUGGCAGCGGGAGCGACGCCGCAUGCCGGGAACCCUGCGCAAUGGCGGCGGGAGCCGAGACGCAGCCGACGGUGGUAGUGCCGCCAACGAGCGCCGAGCCCGUUCCGCGACCCAGCUCCACCGCCGCAACCGCAGUAGUAGAAGCAGAGUACUCACCUACAACUACCACAACAACAGCAACCACAACGAGCGAGACUCCCGCGCUGGGGCAUCGGCGGAGUCGCUCGCUCGUCGCUACGCUGUCGUCCGCUGCAGCCCACUUCAUCCACUCCAUUGCCUCCACCGCAGCGACACAGCUCUCGCCGUUCCUCGCCAGCGCCAUGCCGUCGUCGUCCUCGUCGUCAUCACCUGCAGCAGCUGCUUCCGAGUCUGCUUCUACUUCUUCUUAUCAUGCUCCAGCCACUGCUUCUUCUUCUUCUUCUUCUUCUUCUUCUUCUGCUGUGCCGUUCGCUGGCAAUGCCCACCACCAUCAUCAGCCAGCCGCCGGCAGCCAGGACAGCCGAGCUGCGUCGCCGGAAGACGACCGCGAUUACGACCGCGCCGACCGGGGAGCCAGUCCGCCAAGCUUGGGCACUGCCGGACUCUGUCCCGCUCAGUCGCCUCCGCCGGUGCAGGCCGCAUCGGGGCGAGUCAGACUCCCCGGGCAUUCGCGUUCUGCCUCGACGCCGACGCAUCAAGCUCGGCCCGUUAUGGCAGAUGGUCAUCAUCUCGAAACAGCCGAAAGAAGAGCUCCGACUGUCGGAGAGGCGGCACCCAGCCAAACUGCAACCAUCCAUCCUUUGCCAGCACGAGCCUCCUCCAAUGCUGGUCGUGGCACCCACUCGACCACUCACAGCAGCACGACACCCACCCACCAACAACAAGCAAAAUCCUCGUCCAACUCGACUCCAGCUGCCCCCAUCUCACAGCUCACCAGCAUUUCGCAGCUGCUGUCAACACAAUACCGUCGCUACGCUCUCCCGUGGUCCUUCCUCCAUCCCGUGGCUGCCGGAGCGACCACCAGCGCUCCACCGCCAGACACGGCUACGGAAGACUCGAUCAACGCCAAGGAGCGCGAAGCCCUUGUCUCGGUCGUUGCCACCGUCUUGGAGUUGCUGGUGGCUCGAAAUGGCCGUAUGCCGCCGGGCGUUGUCGGCGGACGCUUCCACGCAUCGCGCACGCCCGCCAUCACCAUCCGGCACUAUCUCGAGCGCAUUGCCAAGUACGCACCGUGCAGUCCCGAGUGCAUCCUCUUUGCGCUCAUCUACAUUGAUCGCAUCAUCCGCAAGCACCAUCCGGCGCUCGUCCUUUCCUACGCCAACGUGCACCGCCUCUUGAUUGUCAGCAUCAUGAUUGCCACAAAGUUCUUUGACGACAAGUACUACAAGAACUCGUUCUAUGCCAAAGUGGGCGGACUCCCCAACCAAGAGCUCAACGAUUUGGAAACCGAGUUUUUGUUCCUGCUGGGCUUUGACAUGAGCAUAUCCUUGGACGAGUUUGAGCGCUAUGUUCAAGUGCUGCAGCAACAGUAUCAGCAGCAGCAGCAGCAGUCCAACAACCACCACCACCAACUUUCUUUGAAUGAAAAACCCGACGCCUCUCGCUCCAAACCGGUUGUGGUCAUCCACGACAAGUCUUGGGAGGCUCAGCGAAAAGCCACCAUCAAGGCAUUCCAAGACACGCUGGUCAAGCAAGAGCUGCAAAUGUUUGCCGAGGUCGCUCGGCAGCGCGAGCAGCGCGCAGCAAUGUAUUCCGCCCAGCAUCACCAGCUCCAGCAACAACAACAACAGCAACAGCAGCAACAACAACAGCAACAACUGCAUGCACAGCACCAUCGCGCAUUCCACCCGCAACCGACAUUGGCAACGCUGCGCAUGCCGACUGCAGGAUCCCGGUCCCCGGCGUCGUCCUACUCGAGUGGGACUUCCUCGAGCCAGUACUCGCCAGUGACCCCGACCACUGCAACCUCUCCGUUAAUUUCCGAUUUCAACCAUCUCGAUGGCAAGCCGGCUUCUGGGCAGCGCCCAGCUGGCGUUUCGCCGUCUUCGUUAACCAGCGACCCCGCGUCUCGGCCGCACCCGCAUCAACCUUCCCCCACCUCCCCCAUGAACGACACCAGCGUUGGAAAGGGCCCGAUCAUCGUCACGACCAGCUCCGGGUAGCUUUGAUGUGUAGGGUGUGUUAUAUUUUGUUUCUUCUUUAUCUGGUUUGCGUUGUUGUUAAGCGCACCACACCUUGAAUCGUUUUUGUCCAAAUCCUUUGUUUUUACUAAUACAGUAAUGUACAAUGAUCAAAGUUAAU